GCUUCCCUGCCUGCCUGCCCCGUCGUCUCAAAAAUCGGAAGCCUUAAAAUUUAUGACAGGUAUGUCGAAUUUAGCAUGUAUUUAAUAGUUUUAUUCCACAAGAGAUAUAUUGUUUAAAAUCGUCUGUCAGACGCAACGUAGAGCGACAAGUGGCAUAAUCCGUCGAUAGUGUUUGCGAUUGUAACAUUGCAAUACGCCCCCCCCCACCUCUUUUUUUUCUUUCUUUUUUUUCUUUUUCUUUUUUGGGACACAGCUUCGUUGUAAUAUCUAACCUAACGCCAACCAAAUGAAUCUUGAUGUGUUUGGGAAGUAAGUCGACUGUAAAUAUGGAGGAAAACGAGUUUACGCCGUUGACUGUGCCCACGGAUUAUUUCCAGCAGUGGUACCAGUCGAGCCAGCAGCACCCCGAGGUGCAGCACGUGAUGUCCCACCACAACCACUACAGUGAGGGCCUUAGGGACGAACCCGUCAUGGCAGAGCUGUCUGUGCACAGGGAGCAGCCGCUCUACCAAGAGCAGUUUUCUCAGAACUACUCCCAUUACCAGGAGCCCGUCUACCAGCAGCAGGAGGAGCAACAACAGCAGCAUCCAGCUUACCUGCAGCAACAACAAUAUACAGUACAACAACAGCCUCAGUAUCAACAUACAGUACAACAACAGCCUCAGUAUCAACAUACAACACAGCAAGAGGAGCUGAACGUUCGCUACCAACCUACACCUGCAACUCCACCUCACGCGGUGACGCCGGUGAAGAAGAAACGAGGCCGUCCGCCAAAGAAUCAGCGCGACGGAGGAGGAGGGCCGGUAAAAGAGGAAGAGGAGGAUGCGAGCGAGGCGGCGGCAAAGAAGGCCAAAAGGACCCUGAACCGCUUCAACGGCAUGUCAGUGGCUGAGGUUAUGGCCAAAACGCUGCCUGACGUUAUUACCUACAAUCUUGACAUUUUGAUCAUUGGAAUUAACCCGGGACUAUUGUCUGCCUACAAAGGACACCAUUACCCCAACCCUGGAAACCAUUUCUGGAAAUGUUUGUUUCUGUCUGGUUUCACCGAGCAGCAGCUGAACUUUACGCACGACGAGAGCCUGCCGGAAAAAUACGGCAUCGGCUUUACCAACAUGGUGGAGAGGACCACGCCCGGCAGCAAAGACCUUUCCAGUAAGGAGAUUCGCGAAGGAGGGCGACAGCUGCUUGAAAAGCUGCAAAAAUACAAGCCGCUGAUAGCGGCUUUUAACGGAAAAGGUAUUUAUGAAAUCUUCUGCAAGGAGAUCUUUGGUGUGAAGUCCAAGAACCUGGACUUUGGCUUGCAGCCCUACAAGAUCCCAGACACUGAAACCGUGUGCUACUUGAUGCCCUCGUCCAGCCCGCGUUGUGCCCAGUUCCCCCGAGCGCAGGACAAAGUGCACUUCUACAUCAAGCUGAAGGAGCUGCGAGACCACAUGAAAGGCUCAACGCCCAGCCGCGAGUUGCUGGAGACGGACUACUCCUUUGACCUGCAGCAGGCUAAAGAAGAUGCAAAGAGGAUCGCCAUCAAAGAGGAGCAGAUGGAUCCCGAGUACGAAAGCUGUAGCGGUCAGCAUGAGAAUGUGAGGCAAAGCAAUCCAGGCAACUUUUACUGAAGCGACAUUUUGCAGGCAAUUGCAUACUGGUGCCAUCACACAUGAGGAAUCAUACAGUUUACUGCAGGAUUUUAGUGUUAAAAAAAAAAAAAACUGCACACGACUGUUUGAUCCUACCCCUCACUGUGCAUGUAUUGUACUAGGUGUAAUAUUUUUCACUAUUUAUUGCGUUUGGUAACAUCAUUUUUUCUUCGGUUACUUAUUUUUGUACUGUAUUUUGAAAUAAUGGAAUUUUAUGUGAUCAUCUGUGUAAACCAGUAAUUCAACGCUAUGAUUUCUAUUAAAAUCAUAAU